AUUUAUCUCUGUUCCUGUUUCCAUUCCAUUCCCCCAUGUCAUAUCCUCUCUCUCUCUCUCUCUCUCUCUCUCGCACACCAUUUUCCUCUGUUUUUUUUCUCCCAGAGCUUCGAAAAGGAGGGAGCUUUAUUAGUGGAGUAGCUCGGAGACCACAACAAAUUUAUAAAAAAGGACAGUAUAUAUCUCUGAUUUUUUGCAUCUGAAUCCCUGAUUAUUUUGUAUUCAUAAUGAUGGGCAGUUUACUGAUGGAAGUCUAUCCGGGACUCCAAAAUGUUGUACAACUGCUGCCGUCCGACAAUGCGAAGAACCUACCUAACGACGGCCUCCGCUGCCCUUCUGCUGGCGAUUGCAUCAUGGGAGAGGGCGAUCUCGUCGACCCUCCCCCUGAGAACUAUGCUGAGGCAGAGGAGAGCGAUGACGACGACGUCGACAUCGAAGAGCUCGAGAGGCGCAUGUGGCACGACCGCCUCCGGCUCAAGCGGUUGAAGGAGCGGCAGCAAGAGCGCGCCAUAGAGCAAGGCGAUGCAGCAGCAGCAGCAGCAGCAGCAGCAGCAGCAGCUUCAGCAGGUUGGUCGAAGCAGCGUGCGUCGCAGGAGCAAGCGCGCCGCAAGAAGAUGUCGCGAGCGCAGGACGGGAUUCUCAAGUACAUGCUGAAGAUGAUGGAGGUGUGCAAUGCGCAAGGCUUCGUCUACGGCAUCAUCCCGGAGAAGGGCAAGCCGGUGAGCGGCGCAUCGGAUAAUCUAAGAGCUUGGUGGAAGGAGAGAGUGCGGUUCGACAGGAACGGGCCUGCAGCAAUCGCCAAGUACCGGGCAGACAACGCCGUCCCUGGAUCGGGCAAUGAGGCGGACGGCAGCGGGCCUGCCAGCCUGCACUCGCUGCUCUCCGCACUGAUGCAGCACUGUGAUCCCCCGCAGCGGCGGUUCCCCCUCGAGAAGGGGAUUGCACCGCCGUGGUGGCCCACCGGCGGGGAGGAGUGGUGGGCACAAUUGGGCAUGCCCAAGGACCAGGCCCUGCCGCCGCCAUACAAGAAGCCGCAUGAUCUGAAGAAGGCGUGGAAGGUCGGCGUCCUGACCGCGGUCAUCAAGCACAUGUCGCCGGAUAUCGAGAAGAUCCGACGGCUCGUCAGACAGUCGAAGUGCCUCCAGGACAAGAUGACCGCCAAGGAGAGCGUGACGUGGCUUGCGGUCGUCAAGCAGGAGGAGGAAUUGUACAUGCAGCUCAACCCAAACGCCUGCCCUCCCACGUCUGCCGAGAGUGGCGUGACGGGCGCCCUAUCGUGUAAUAGCAGCAGCUCCAGCGAGUACGACGUCGAAGGCUUCGAUUAUGGGAGGAGUGAAGAGGAUGAGGGGAAUUUUAAAGACAUAGGCGCGGUAUCGAUGCUGGUGAAGGAAGAGGCUGAUACGGAAUUCAUCCAAAAGAGGAGUGCCGUUGAGAGCGAACCCGCGAUGAGCAAGCGCGUUUACACCUGCGAUAACGUGCAGUGCCCGCACAACAAUUCUCGCUUUGGCUUCUCGGACAGGAACUUGAGGAACAGCCACCAGUAUAUCUGUCUAUACCAAAACAGUCUUCCUCAGGGUAUUGGGGCAUCGUCCAAUUCUCUGCCGAUCUUCGAAAAUAAACCCGCUGUCUUCUCGGCGCCCUAUAAUCCCCAGCCGAAACCGAGUGCGCCAGGAUCAAGAGGAAGUCCGCUCGACAUCACGGAUUACGGCCUUCCUGCUGACGGGCAGAAGUCGAUCGACAAGCUGAUGAAUUUCUACGACAGUAACGUAAAUGCUAACAAUUCCUUUCAACCGAGCAUUCAGAUCAGUAACAACUUCCUUGGGUCGGGAAAUGCGACGGGCAGCGGUGUAUUUGAAGAAGUCGGCAACUUAACGCAGCAGCAGCAGCAGCAGCAGUUCUUCAACUGUGAAGAACUAAACCCGCUAGACCAACUGAACCACUGCGGCGUGAGCUUUAAUAUCUGUGCGGCGGAUUUCCCUAACCCGCUGCAGAUAGGGAUCGGUGAAUCGAUACGCAAGCUCGACGGCGCUAACUGGUUCUACGGAGUAGAAAUUUAGCGAUUUUGAUCGAAGCAAAGUGCGCGUCCUCCCAGUUAGAGUAGAAAAUUUCUAACUUUGGGCUUAGGUGAUCUCCUCUGUGCACUUAAUUUGUACUCUUUUUUUUCCUUUAAUUUCUUUUUCUUCUCCCUUGAUGAGGAUGCAUCUCAUCAACCUUGGUAUAAAAAGUAUAGGGCUUUAGGGUUUGAAGUAGUUGCGCCGGAUCGGUAGGUUGCGUAGUCUGAUCCAUCUACUGUAAUAGUAACUUGGGGUGUUUAAACCAUGUAUGCAGUUUUAUGUAAGCGAAAUAUAUAGUUUCAAUUUUGUUGGAAUCCA